AUGAUUUUGUAUAAAAGUGCAUGCUGCGCAUCAGCCAGCAGUGUAGUUCGCAUUCGUCCAUCGGCAGAGCAUCGUCUGCAAAGUGCCCCCAAAAAUCUCAAAGAAACAGCUGGUGCCCACGAAAACGUUCGGUUAAUUUGCAUUCGAAGCUUCACAUCGACCUCAUCCCCCGGAGAAGCAGCAGCAGUCAUGCGUGUGCAGCUUGUCGGUGUCAUCGCCGUGGCCGUCGUGGCCGUUUCGCUGGUGCGCGAUGUUGGAGCCGAGCCACCGGUGAACAACGCCUACUUGCCACCAAGUUCGCCCCAGCGUCCCUCCUCCAAGUAUGGUGCUCCGCCCGCCAGCUCUUACCUGCCACCCGCCUCCGGACCGGCGCCAUUUUUCAACACCGCUCCGUCUAGCAGCUAUGCGGCUCCAUCGCAAAGUGCUUCAUUGGGUGGCCCUUAUCCGGCUCCUGCUCUACGUCCCUCCAGUUCCUAUGGACCACCAGCCUCCCGUCCCUCGUCCAGCUAUGGACCACCGCCAAGCCGGCCGAGCCAGUCGUACGGACCACCGCCACAGGCCAAGAAGCCCCAUCAUCGUCGUCCAUCCACCAGCUACGGAGCUCCGAGACCCGCUCCGCCUUCGCAGAGCUAUGGUGCCCCGCCCUCUUCUAGCUAUGGGCCCCCGAAGACCGCGCCCCCUUCCCAGAGUUACGGUGCCCCAGCUCCACCCUCCAGCAAGUACGGUCCUCCCAAGUCUGCACCUUCUUCCAGCUAUGGAGCUCCGAGACCCGCAGCCCCUGCAUCCUCGUACGGCGCCCCCGCCCCACCAUCCUCGUCUUAUGGAGCACCUGCCGCACCAUCAUCUUCGUAUGGAGCACCUGCCGCACCGUCAUCGUCUUAUGGAGCUCCCGCCCCACCGUCCAAAUCUUAUGGAGCACCUGCUCCGCCCUCUUCUUCGUAUGGAGCGCCUGCUGCUCCUUCCAAGUCUUACGGAGCACCUGCCCCACCAUCUUCCUCAUACGGAGCACCUGCCCCACCAUCUUCCUCCUAUGGAGCUCCUUCGGCGCCCUCUUCCUCCUACGGACCUCCAAAGUCAGCGCCCGCACCACCUUCAUCCAGCUAUGGAGCCCCGCCUCAGGCGCCCGUCAGCUCCUACCUGCCACCCGCUUCGCGCCCAGCGAAGCCCUCUUCCAGCUACGGAGCACCCAGUGUGAGCAGCUUUGUGCCCUUGCCUUCGGCUCCAUCGACCAACUAUGGAGCACCGUCGAAGACCCAGAGCCUGGGAAGCAGUGGCUACUCAUCCGGACCUUCUUCGUCCUACGAAGCACCAGGUGCAUCCCCAUCGUCAUCCUACGGAGCUCCUACCUCUUCGUUCCAGCCCAUCUCACCACCAUCGUCCAGCUACGGGGCUCCUAGCAGCGGAUCAGCCUCAAGCAGCGGAAGCUUCUUGGCCGCUCCCUCAUCCUUGUACAGCGCCCCAAGCAAGGGUUCCAGCCAUGGAUCAUUCCAAUCUGCUCCAUCCAGCUCGUACUCUGCUCCCAGUGCCAGUGCUAACAGCGGUGGAUCAUACCCCUCAGCUCCUUCAUCAUCCUACUCUGCCCCCAGUUCGAGCUCAAACAGUGGAGGACCUUAUGCCUCGGCUCCGACUUCGUCCUACUCGGCACCCAGCUCAGGAUCCAACAGUGGCGGACCUUACCCCGCUGCUCCAUCGUCCUCGUACUCCGCUCCCAGUGCCUCUGCUAACAGUGGUGGAUCCUAUCCUUCGGCUCCAUCCUCGUCUUACUCGGCACCUAGCCCAGGAUCCAACAGCGGUGGACCCUAUCCUGCAGCUCCUUCAUCCUCGUACUCGGCACCAAGUCCUUCAGCCAACAGUGGUGGUCCUUACUCUUCGGCUCCCUCAUCUUCGUACUCCGCUCCCAGCUCUAGCUCCAACUCCGGUGGACCAUAUGCCGCUGCUCCAUCAUCUUCGUACUCUGCUCCCAGUUCCAGCUCAAGCAGUGGAGGACCCUACCCCUCGGCGCCUUCAUCUUCGUACUCCGCACCCAGCUCCAGCAGUGGAGGACCAUACCCAUCCGCUCCCUCUUCGUCCUAUUCCGCACCCAGUCCGAGCUCCAACAGCGGAGGACCUUACCCGUCUGCUCCAUCCAACUCGUACUCGGCCCCGAUCGCUCCCCCAUCUUCAUCUUACGGAGCACCAGCCUCAGGAGCGUCUUCCUCGUUCAGCGCACCCUCCUCUUCCUAUGGAGCUCCCUCCACUGGUGUGGGUGCCAGCUCAUUCUCGUCCUUAUCAUCGUCCUUCAGCGGAACCUCGUCGAGCAGCAGUGGUGGCUAUCCCUCGGCUCCGUCCAGCUCCUAUGGAGCUCCGUCCACCGGCUCUGGCCCGAACUUCUCUAGCGCACCCUCGUCCAGCUACAGUGCUCCGCCCUCCGGUGGGUCCUCCAGCUCCGGUCCCUACCCAAGUGCUCCGUCCCAGGACUCCGGUUACGAGUACAACGGACCCAGCCAGGUGCCGGAGACCAUUCAGCAGGGCUACAGUGCCGACGGUGGCUACACCUAUCGGAAGAAGUGAGCAGCCGCCGCAUCGCGCAUACGCCACGUGCCUUCGAAUACUCAACCACCACAUCAUAUCAUCGCCGUCGCCAUUGUAAAUUAUUCCCCAAAUGACAAGCCACCAAUUCGCCCAUUCCUCUCUGUCCUACAUGGAAAUCUAGCCUUAAUUCACUGUACCAUUAGAUGUAAAACACGAAACGUUUGUUAAAUAA